GACGUAAUGCGCGGGAGCGGAAAACGUGGUUUGGAUUGUGCGGAAAAGGAGCGCUGAGCUUCACCGGGAGAAAACACUGUCCAGACCGAGAAUGGCAGGAGACUGGAAGCCAGGUGAUCUGAUUUUUGCAAAGAUGAAGGGCUAUCCUCACUGGCCAGCAAGAAUUGACGAAGUACCAGACGGUGCAGUGAAGCCCUCCAACAUCAAGUUGCCCAUUUUCUUCUUUGGAACCCAUGAAACUGCAUUUUUAGGCCCAAAGGACAUCUUUCCAUACCAUGCCAACAAGGAGAAAUACGCCAAACCCAACAAGAGGAAAGGCUUUAAUGAAGGACUGUGGGAAAUUGAGGACAAUCCAAAAGUGGAGCUGACAGCACCCAAGCCUGUUUGUCCUGGAAUUCUAUCUGAAAAGGAUUGUGACACCGGCCCAGAAGGAGAGGAUGAAGCGGAAGAUAAGGAGAUGCAAUCCCCCAAAACUGGUCUACCGCCCGUGCUGAUGCGUCCUGGGGGCAUUCAGGUGCCAGGAAGGGAGGAGGAAGAGGAAGGGCCCAUGAUGUCUGAACAGGGUCUUCAGAACCCGGAUGAUUCAGGCCAGAGUGAUGUGCCUAAACCCAAGAGAGGAAGAAAAAGAAAGACUGAGGGUGAGCAGGAGGCUGAAAUGAACGAUGCUCCGCCCGUGAGUCCUGCGAAUCCUGCAGGUGGGGAAGGUCCUAAACGAAGAGGCAGGAAGCCCAAAAGUGAAAAGUUGCUUUUGCUGCAGCAUCAGGACCAGCAAGGCUCUGAAAGAGAACUAGAUGCCGCCGAGUCAGACAGAAAGAGAAAGAGGACGGCGGAGGACAAGUCCAAGAGCGGCGAGGAAGAUAAGCGGAGGAAGGAGAACGCCAAAGGGAAAGACAGUGAAGGGAAAGAGCCGGAAGCCAAGAAGAAGAAGAAUCUGCAGUCCAAGGAGGGUACCUCCCCAGGCGCUUCCGAUGAUGAGGAGAAGACCAAAGGCAGGAAAAAACAUCAGAACUCUGAAACGGACAAAGAUGCACGUCGGCGGAAAGACGAAGCAAACAAAGACGACGCAAAGAAGAAUGAAGAGCGGGCCGGAGCCAAGAAAAAGGAAAUAUCCACAGAUGUGAAACUCCAGCGGCUGCAUGGUGAAAUCAAGAUUUCCCUGAAGAUAGACAACCCCGAUGUGAAGAAGUGCCUGGACGCUCUGGAUGAGCUCAGCUCCCUUCAGGUGACCACUCAGCACUUGCAUAAGCAAAGCGAGCUAAUCGCCACCUUAAAAAAGAUCCGACGGUUCAAGGCCAGCCAGGACGUGAUGGACAAAGCCAGCAUGUUGUACAACAAGUUCAAGAGCAUGUUCCUGGUGGGAGAAGGCGACUGCGCGCUCAGCCAGGUGCUCAACAAGUCCUUGGCUGAGCAGCGGCAGCACGAGGAGGCCAAGAAGGGGACGCUGAAGAGAGCGGAGCAAGCGCGGGAAAACAACACAGACAAAACCAGCGACGGAGACCCGAGCCCUGACGAGAACAAGCAGGAACCACGUGAAGACGCCUCGACUGGGGAGACCCUCAGCGUCCCCAAAACUCAGGAAGUCCUAACCUGAGUCCCCCAAGGAAGACCUCAAGACCUUUGCUGCUGUUCUUUACACUGGGAUGCCGUAUCCACCUUGAUCACCGAUCACCUGAACCGGUUUGUCUGCGCUUUCAGUCCAUUGGUGGAAUUAGAAGUAGUUGUAGACGACGUUAGCAACUUCUGGCGGGUUUUGACCCUACCAGAUCACCACAAGCACCUUUUAGCCGCUUCAUUCCAAAACAUUCUUUUAAACUUGUGUAAAUAAGAGUAUUUUGUGUGCCUUUCUGUUUGAACUGUUCCAGAGUCAAAUAAUAAAGUAGUGUCAACAUGUUA